AUGAGGGAGAGUGUGCUUCAUUUGUGUAUAGAUGAAUCUCAGAGUGCUUUCGUCCCCGGUAGGCUCAUUACUGACAAUAUAAUAAUUGCCUAUGAGAUGUUGCAGCCGUUUGUUCGUAAGCGAGAAGGGAAGUGUGGCUAUUUUGCGCUAAAGCUCGAUAUGAGCAAGGCAUACAGUCGGGUCGAGUGGGAUUUUGUUUGGGAUAUUAUGUUGCGAAUGGGGUUCUCUUCGGGAUGGAUUGAAGUGAUAAAGCGGACCGAGUUUUACUCCCCAGAGGGGUUUUCGUCAGGGCAACCCUUUAAGCCCUUGCUUAUUUCUAAUUUGUAG